UUGGACUUCCGAAGCUGUGCUGAGGUAGAAUUCGGGUGAGGAGCCAUCAUGGCGGACCAGGUCGCGCAGCUCCGGGCGGAUGGGAUCCAAAAGCGAGUGGUGCAGGAAGGCCGGGGGCCGCUGCCUGAUUACCAAGAUGGGACCAAGGCUACCUUCCACUACCGCACACUGCUCUGCAGUCUGGACCAGCGAAUGCUCGAUGACAGUCGCACGCGGGGCAAGCCCAUGGAGCUCAUCAUUGGGAAGAAAUUCAAGCUGCCCGUCUGGGAGACCAUCCUGCACACCAUGCGCGAGGGAGAGGUGGCCGAGUUCUUGUGUGACACGAAGCACGUGGUUUUGUACCCCAUGGUGUCAAAGAGCUUGAGGAACAUUGCAGCUGGGAAAGACCCUCUGGAGGGACAACGACACUGCUGCGGCAUUGCCCAGAUGCACGAGCAUCACUCGCUGGGAUACCCGGAUCUCGACGAGCUCCAGCAGAACCCCCAGCCCCUCAUCUUUGCCAUUGAGAUGCUCAAGGUGGAAGGGCCCGGCUCAUACCGGCAGGAUCCGUGGGCCAUGUCGGACGAGGAGAAGAUGAAGGCUGUGCCCCUGAUCCACCAGGAGGGCAAUGAGCUCUACAAGGAAGGCAAAGUGCAGGAGGCUGCCGCCAAGUACUAUGACGCCAUCGCUUGCCUCAAAAACCUGCAGAUGAAGGAGCAGCCAGGCUCCCCGGACUGGAUCCAACUGGACCAACAGAUCACUCCCUUGUUGCUUAAUUAUUGCCAGUGUAAGCUUCUGACUGCAGAGUACUACGAGGUGCUGGAUCACUGCUCUUCCAUUCUCAACAAAUACGAAGAUAACGUCAAGGCCUACUUCAAGAGAGCCAAGGCGCAUGCCGCGGUGUGGAACGCAGCUGAAGCUCAGGCCGACUUUGCCAAGGUGUUGCAGCUGGACCCGUCAUUGGGCCCUGUGGUUGCCCGGGAGCUGCGCAGCCUGGAGACCCGCAUACGGGAGAAAGACGACGAGGACAAGAUCCGCUUCAAAGGCAUCUUCUCCCAGUAGCUCCUGUGUGAGCUGCUCUGGCUUUGCCAUCAGUGCCAUCAGCAGCGUCAGUGGACUGUGUGGCUCCUUAACUGGGCCAGCGUGUCCUUUCCUCCCACAUCGAUCUUGGGGGCAUUGGCCUUUCUCGUCGUCAUCUCUGUGCAAGUAGCACUGUUUCCUACUGCCAACGUAAGUGGGAUAGGACAGGAAGGCUUUUCCCCCCCUCCAGGCCAAAGACGGUAUGCAAAACGUGCCCUGUGUGUGCCUGCCAAAUUCGGUGUGUGAGCCUCUCUAUUGCCCCAUAAUGGAUUCUUUGUCGUGUUCUGCUGCCCAGAGUGCCUUCGUUGCUCAUGGAGAGGGAGGCUUGACUUCCUGAGCUGGUGUCGUGUAUGAAGGCUGCCAGGAGAUCCCGGCUGUGGCAGCUGAUUUGUGGGGCAGGCUAAGGCUUCCAUUCCAUCCUACAGUCCCCUUUGACUGUUUGGGAACAGGACAGGCAUAACAGCUCUUGAUCUUCACAGCCAUAUUUUCUGUGUCUCAGUUCUGAGAUGCUGGGAAGAGAAAUAGGUGUGUGUGUGUGUGUGUGUUUUGAUGAGAGUUGCAUGCAUGUGGUCAGUUUAGUAUCUUUCCCACUUGCUGCUCCUUGUGUGUGCAGUAGUGCCACACACAGAGACACACACACACACACAGUUGGGACACUGGUCACCAGGUAAUGAUGAACUUUUCUAGCUCCUUGCUGUUCCCUGCCUGUGAGGGAUAUCAUGCCCUGGAAUCCAAAUAAAUCCUCCUCCAUUAAGGAACUUUAGACAGUGUUUGUAUGCAGGAUAGAGAAGAAGCAAAACAAGGGUGCUCCGUCCAGCAGAAUCCAGCACUUCUUAUUUGAAGGGUUGGGGGAAGAGUAGAUUGCAUCUACUGUGUUAGCAACCCUUGGCUUGCUUGGUUAAAGCAUGCUGGCAAGGUGAUAAUGACAUGUGGUUGGACGUGCUGGGCAGUCCUGGGAUGUCUCCCUGAGAGCACCUUCCCUAUUGUCAGAGGUCCCUCUUCCUGCAAUGGUGGAAGGAGGUGCAGUAGUUCAGUCUCUUCUGCCCCUCGUCUGCCAAAGAGAGCUCUCUUUGAAAGGUGGGUCUUUGGUACAUGUGGCAGAGGGCAGUUGGGUGCAUGUCGGUCCCUGAUUGUUGUGGCAACCAAUGUGCCCGGCUGGUCAAUGACAGGCUUGAAUUCUUCCCCCCCUGAGCUGCAUGUGGAACUUAGGGGCAAAUGGCAAGAGGUGAUGCCAGCCAGCUCCUAAAGUGAGUGUAUUAGAGCAGCUUACUCCACAGCAUAUUCUGAAUCUCCAUCCGAGGUUGACUUGGGUUAGGUGUGACUCUUGCUAGCUUCUCGCCUCCCCAAGAGACCUCGGCCCUAAAGGCUGUGCCUAUACAAACCUAGCCUCCUUGACCUUAGCAGCAACCAACAGUUGCAAAGGUUUGGCGCUGUGGUUUGGGUCAUACAUAGCCCACUCUGGAGAGUUUUUCUUCUUUUGUAUAGCAACAGAUGAAUGGACACGCAGUUGUGAGUGGCUCAUCCCCUUCCUUUAAUCCCCUUCCGAAAUUGGGCCUGAGGCAAUCAGAUUUAUGGACAGCUUUAGGAUGCAAAGGGCCAUUUGUUCAGGGUAUCCCUCAAGAGGGAAAACCUCUGGUCCCAAUUCACUGAGGCUCCCUGCAUGCUGCAACAGGCUUUUGUGUGUGGAUUGCUCUCCUGUCAGAAAAAUGGGAGCUUCUACAAGGGGAAGCCUCCCACAGCUGGAAAUGCCCUCACUCCUGAACAACUUUUCAGGAGAAUUGGCUUUGAUAGUGUCCAGAUUAUCCGCUGAGGGUGAUUCCAAGCAUGAACUGCCCCUUGCCUAGCUGAGCAGUGCUGUCAGAGGUCAUCACAAUGACCCUCGGUUUGGAUUGCUGUUGAUGGGUCUCUUUUUGGCCUUUACCACAGAUAUUCUGUGGCAGCUCUUCCAACUCAGGCUUGGUCUCAGUUCUACACUUUGCUACUUAUUUUGGGUUUGGUGUUGCGCUAACAUCUAGCAUAUGUAAAGCCAAUGCUGCAGAAGAGAGGCAAACCUUCUUCACUAAAACAAGGUAUGUUGAGACAGAAUGACAUCAGCAGGGUUGCAAGUCUUACAGAUAGUAUAUGGAAGGAUUAUAAAGUAUCUUCUUACUUAGGCUAAACUUACAGCAUUGUUUAUUAUUGGGAUCAGGAGGGAAGAGUCAAGCUUCUGCCUCCCACCCUUCCUAAAAAGCCCUAUUCCCUAAGUGUCUGUACGGCCCCAUGUCAUCUUUGAUCCAAGAAUUUUGUGGCAGUUCUUACACUGUAAAUGACAAGUGUGGUUGGCUAUUGCUUUGCGCAAGACAAAGGAGACCACCUCUUAAAUCACAUUCCAAAGAGGUAAGCCCAUGCUUUUAUUUAAACCCAUGAGACUUUAAAGUGUGCAAGUUUGACAGGAUCAUGCCCCAGCUUUGAGGUAUCAAGCUUGGUCAGUCAUGUGCCGCGUGCCCCUUAGAUCAUCACAACUGUGGACCUCCCAGCUGUCAUCUCACCAGCUUUAGCACAGAGGUUGUGCAGUAGAUUUGCGACCUAUUUUAAAGUCCAUGGACUGGAUCUAGACCAAGUUAGCUGCAUUUAAUUCCCACUGAAAUUGAUCAGAUUUAGCUUUAUUUUAAGGAGGGACGAAAUUCAACUAACCUGGUCUGGAUCCAGCCCCACGCCCAAGAAGACUUGGCACCCAAUUUCCCCUUGUACAUUACAGGUAAAACAAUGUCACUAUGUAGCUGGAGCAGGUCAUCACGUUUUUGUUCAACUAUUUGAUGUGCCUUCCUUGGGCGCUCUUUUGUAGACUAAGCUUCACUAGCUGCUAGAUCAAGGUGUCCUGCCUGUGAUGGUAUAAGAGAGCAUGUAGGUUCAUGAAUAGAGGAAUCGCAGUUAGUGGAAGUGAGAUUCCCAAGGUUGGAAAACUUAGCAGGUGUUGCCUGUCAAACAUGUGGAAGGUUUCACGUACCUUCCCAGUUCAAGAUAAACCACCUUUUCCUCCCAAAUACAUCUGCAGAGCCAGGAUGGGCAGUAUCCAGUGCGACGCUACUAACAAAUCAAAUUACACUGGCGUAAGCGGCUUCUGGCACAACACCAGUUGCGUUUGUGGGUACGAUGGGUUUCCAUGGAAAACCCGUCAUGCCAGCAAACACUAUUGUGCUAAAGGGUUGCUUACGCCAGCGCAACAUAAUUUAUGUUAGUGGUAGUGUUGUAUUGGAUACCUCUUGUAUGUAAUUUUCUUUUACAGUGAGUGCUAAGCUAGUUUUCCUUCUCAAGCAGUUUAUUCUGUUUUGAGGUUUUGCUGGACAGUGUUGCCACUCUUCAAGUUCAUGUACAACAGAUCUCCCCCCCACCCCCUUCCCAGGAACUGUUUUCAGAGCUAGUGUGUGCUGAACUAUAUCAGCAUAGUUGGAUCCAUUGAAGAAGGCAGGAGCAUCCCAUGGGGAAAAGCACUUAGCUUCUACCUAACACGGCUUCCCUGUGCACUCCUACACCUUAUGUAGAGGGCAGCGCAUUGGCCUUCUUGGUAAUACCUGCCCUUGUGGAGAACCUGGGAUAUAGUCCAAAUAACAUACCAAACCAAUGUUGCAAUGUGAUGAACUAAACAUAAACAGAGCAGGCACUUGUUGGCUUUUGAACUUGCUAUCCAACGUAUUUUAGCCUGGCAUAUGCCUCUGGGGAGAAAACUGGGAUGAAGGUGGGAACAUGGCGUAGAACACCACGGUGGGCAUGAUCCCUUAUCAUUCUUGCACAUCUCCCAUUCAUUUCAAUGGUUAUUGCAUAGCUGAACUUACCAGUGGAUUGUGCCCAGUGUAAAUAACCAUGUACGGAGUUCAAAGUAAGUUUCCUCUCCAGGAAAAAUAAUAGGGGCUAACAUCACAGCUAUGCUUAACUGAUUACAGCACAAAGUACUGUAAGAAAAUGUUUUUGCUUGCUUUUUCCAUAGUUCAGAUUAUUGUAUGUCGUGUGCCAUAGAGCUACAAACGUGGGCUUGCUUUUUCCUGGAUUGGAACCAUAUGUAUUUCGGAGUAGUUGGGGGGGUGGCCUUUGUAGGUCAAUUUUGAGUCAUUCCAGCACCUUCCAAUUCUCCAUACUGCUAGUGCAAAAUCUGUGGAAGAACAUAAGCUUGGCUGACUAACUCAGAAUUUUGGAUGACAAAACAUUUCUUGUAUGUGUUUCUAUAUUGCAGGUUCAAGUGUAUGGUAUUUUAUUUUUUGGUUAAUAUAAGAAUUAAAAAGAUUCAAAAGCA